AUGGCCGACGAAUCGGCCUUGGCAGCGGCAGCUGCCAUGGUCAAGUCCCUGGCUUCCGACUCCAAGCAAGCGACCUCCUACCCCGUGGGAGGCGAUCAAUCCUUUCGUCUUCCCGGGCCCGACUCUGCGGCGAAAGAUGCGCUCGCCCGCGAGUUGUCCGCCCUGGCCGCUCGGGUGCAGCGCCUCGAGGCCAAGGCCUCCAUCCAGAAUGCACCCGUCUUCCCGGAUACGCCCAGUGAGACGGUCGAGUCCAUGUUUGGCGACGAGUCCUCGUCGCCCACCUCCAACAACGGCAAAACGUACAUGCGGGCCAAGGUCCCAGCAAUCCCCAUACUCCGCAGCGGCGCUGGCCCCGACGGUGGUGCCGUCAAGGCCCUCGUUCCGUUGACCGACGAAGCACUGGAGGGGCUGCGGGAACACAUUGACGACCAAUCAAAACUCCUCGACAACCAACGUCAGGAGUUGACGAAUGUCAACGCUCAGCUCGUCGAGCAGAAGAACCUGCAAGAAAAGGCCCUCAAGAUCUUGGAAGAAGAACGCGUUGCAACUCUGGAGAGAGAGCUGUGGAAGCACCAAAAAGCAAACGAAGCCUUCCAGAAGGCGUUACGUGAGAUUGGCGAGAUUGUCACUGCGGUAGCUCAUGGCGACCUGAGCAAGAGAGUACGCAUGAACACGGUAGAGAUGGACCCGGAAAUCACCACUUUCAAGCGGACUAUCAACACCAUGAUGGACCAGUUGCAGGUUUUCUCCAGCGAAGUCUCGCGUGUCGCUCGUGAGGUCGGCACUGACGGAAUUCUGGGCGGCCAAGCUGUCAUCGAAGGCGUCGAUGUGAAUGUCAUGGCACAGAAUCUGACAGAUCAAGUCCGAGAGAUCGCAUCCGUCACCACUGCCGUGGCUCAUGGCGAUCUGACGCAGAAAAUUGAGAGGCCAGCCAAGGGCGAGAUACUCGAGCUUCAACAAACCAUCAACACCAUGGUUGUUCAACUGGGAACUUUUGCCGCGGAGGUUACUCGCGUAGCUCGUGAUGUCGGAACCGAGGGUAAACUGGGCGGUCAGGCCGACGUGAUGGGGGUUCAAGGAAUGUGGAAUGAGUUGACAGUGAAUGUCAACGCCAUGGCCGAUAACCUCACUACGCAAGUCCGCGAUAUCGCCAAGGUCACUACAGCCGUCGCCCGGGGCGAUCUCACGCAGAAGGUCCAAGCUGAAUGCCGGGGCGAAAUCUUUGAGCUCAAGUCAACUAUCAACUCCAUGGUUGGUCAACUACAGCAGUUCGCUGCUGAAGUAACCAAGAUUGCCCGCGAGGUCGGCACUGAAGGACGUCUAGGCGGCCAAGCAACCGUCAAUGACGUGCAAGGCACCUGGCGCGACCUGACCGACAAUGUCAACGGCAUGGCCAUGAACCUGACCACUCAAGUACGAGAAAUCUCCAAGGUCACUGCAGCUGUAGCCCGCGGCGACCUAAGCACCAAGAUCACGGUUGAGGUUAAGGGUGAGAUUCUGCAGCUCAAGCAAACCAUCAACUCCAUGGUAGACCGUCUAAGUACCUUCGCCUUCGAAGUUAGCAAGGUGGCCCGAGAAGUCGGAACAGAUGGCACUCUCGGUGGCCAGGCCCGAGUGGACGACGUCGAAGGCAAAUGGAAAGAUCUUACCGAAAACGUCAACACCAUGGCAUCAAACCUUACCUCUCAAGUGCGAGGUAUCUCCACAGUUACUCAGGCCAUUGCUGACGGUAACAUGAGCCGGAAGAUUACGGUCCCGGCCAGAGGCGAGGUUGCGCUGCUCAAGGACACGAUCAACAACAUGGUUGACAGGCUUUCGGUUUUCUGUAACGAAGUGCAGCGUGUAGCCAAGGAUGUCGGUGUUGACGGCAAGAUGGGAGGCCAAGCCGAUGUUGGAGGUCUCAAGGGCAGGUGGAAGGAGAUUACAGCUGACGUCAACACCAUGGCGACCAACUUGACUACGCAGGUCCGAGCUUUCGGCGACAUCACUAAUGCUGCCACCGACGGAAAUUUCACGAAGCUGGUCGACGUAGAGGCUUCUGGUGAAAUGGAUGAACUCAAACGCAAGAUCAACCAGAUGGUCUACAACUUGCGGGACAGUAUUCAACGAAACACACAAGCGAGAGAGGCUGCCGAACAAGCCAACAAGACCAAGUCCGAGUUUCUGGCCAACAUGUCACACGAAAUCCGAACGCCAAUGAACGGUAUCAUAGGAAUGACUCAAUUGACAUUGGACACCGACUUGACACAAUACCAAAGGGAGAUGCUCAACAUUGUAAACAACCUGGCCAACAGUUUAUUAACCAUCAUCGACGACAUUUUGGAUUUGUCCAAGAUCGAGGCUCGGAGGAUGGUCAUCGAGGAAAUCCCGUACACUCUGCGAGGCACUGUCUUCAACGCCCUCAAGACCCUCGCUGUCAAGGCAAACGAGAAAUUCCUGGAUCUGACCUACUGCGUUGACAGUUCAGUCCCGGAUUAUGUUGUGGGCGACUCUUUCCGUCUACGACAGAUCAUCCUGAACCUUGUCGGAAACGCCAUCAAGUUCACAGAGCAUGGGUCAGUUCGGUUGACCAUUCAGCAAUCUUCAAAGUCCACUUCCAAGGAUCCCAACGAGUACGCGCUCGAGUUUGUCGUCUCCGAUACGGGUAUAGGAAUCCCGCAGGACAAGCUGGACCUCAUCUUUGAUACGUUCCAGCAAGCAGACGGCUCGAUGACGCGGAAGUUUGGUGGUACUGGCCUUGGUCUCUCCAUCUCCAAGAGGCUCGUCAGCCUGAUGGGUGGAGAUGUCUGGGUCCGCAGCGAUGUUGGCAAAGGCAGUUCCUUUUAUUUCACUUGCGUGGUCAAGUUGGCUGGUGGUGAUCUGGCUCUCAUUGAGAAGCAACUCAAGCCAUACAAAGGUCAUCAGGUCUUCUUCGUCGACAGAGGGCGAACUGUCUAUGGCAAGCAAAUUGUGCCCAUGCUACGUGAUCUCGGAUUGGUACCCGUGGUGGCCACACAAGAGACGUAUCCUGGCCUUGGCUCCGACGAACCGCCUUUCGACGUCAUCAUCGUGGAUUCGAUCGAGACUGCUCGCAAGCUCCGGGCUAUCGACCAGUUCAAGUAUUUGCCUAUCGUCUUACUGGCACCGGCAGUCCAUAUCAGUCUGAAGUCAUGUCUGGAUCUUGGCAUUACCUCGUACUUGACUACCCCCUGCGCCCCCAUAGAUUUGGGCAACGGAAUGGUGCCAGCAUUGGAGAACCGCGCGACUCCUUCUUUGGCGGACAACACGAAGUCUUUCGAGAUCUUGUUGGCUGAAGACAACCGCGUCAAUCAACGCUUGGCUGUCAAGAUCCUUGAGAAGUACCACCACGUUGUCACAGUCGUCAGCAACGGGUUGGAGGCCGUCGAAGCUAUUCAAAAGAAGAAGUUUGAUGUUAUUCUUAUGGAUGUUCAGAUGCCCAUAAUGGGUGGAUUCGAGGCCACGAGCAAGAUUCGUGAGUACGAACGCAGCCUGGGGACGCACAGGACGCCCAUCAUCGCGCUGACGGCGCACGCCAUGAUGGGCGAUCGCGAGAGGUGUAUUCAGGCACAGAUGGACGAAUAUCUGUCCAAACCACUGCAGCAAAAUCACCUCAUCCAGACAAUUCUCAAGUGUGCAACUCUUGGAGGCGCGCUGCUGGAGAAGAACCGAGAGAGAGAGAUAUCUCGGCAGAAGGAUCAAGAAGGUCAGGACCACCAAAGUCGAUCCAGUCCAUUGCGCCCUGGCCUGGAAUCUCGUGCAUUGACGUCGACCGAGCGCCUGGUAGGAAGCGUGGAUAGUCCGUCUCUCGUUGCAGGAGACCAGGAGGAUCCCAUGAAGACGGCACGUAGAAGCCUUUCCGACGACAUCCUCAAGAAAGCCUCGUACUAA